AUGUCAGCAGAAGAGGACCAAAGGCCCAACGGGCAUCCACCCUCAGACGGGCCGUCUGAUGGGCCCGCCAUCUCUAAUACGACCGCACCUCUCAAUUCAAGCAACGAAUCUCAUGCGGCUUCUGCCACUCAGCAGCAAGCAAAUGAACAUGUUCCAAACGGACAUGCCCCCAAUGGCUCGGCAGGCGACAGUCCAGCGACGGAUGGCCACAUACCCAACGGCACGUCCACUGCUCAAGAGACAAACACCAACGGCCAUGCAGCCAACGGCACAGCUUUGAAUGGCCAAUCUCCAGAAGGUGCGGCUGUGAGCGGUCCUGCCACUGAUGGCGGCAACCCGACAACACAUGACGGACCAUCAACUAACGAGACUGGCUCGCCUCAGCACAAGGAGGCAGCUCUUGAGAACAGGAUCGAGAGCACACAGAACCCGGAUGCUGAUGGUCACAAGCCACCCAACGAGAAGCCUCACCAUCACUCCAGUGAUCUCAAGGGACUGUAUGUCGAGGGGAAAGAGAAGGUAAAGGACAAGACAAACAUGAAGCCUUCUGGUGGCUUCGAUACAACUCCGCUUCCAGAUGCGCCACCGGGUUAUACGGUGCGUUUCAUCUUCCAUAAAGCCAGCAAUCUCCCGGCCGCAGACCUCAGUACCAGAUCCUCCGACCCCUUCAUCCAUGUCACUCUCAAAGCGGCUAUUCCAAAGCGACAUAAAGAGGACCCUGAUCUCACCCACCGGACAAGGACCGAGAGACGGACGACAGAGCCGGUGUGGAAUGAUGAGUGGGUUGUCGCCAAUGUCCCCUCUGACGGCUUCAUCUUAAAGUGCCGACUGUAUGACGAAGACUACCCCGACGCCGACGACCGCCUGGGUAACGUCACCGUUAGGGUGCCGCAUGUUGGAGAAGACUGGGAAGGGUUUCCGCCUCCGGGCCAGGAAUUCAUCGCAAAGAAGCGUAUGGGAAGCAAACGCGCCUAUUUCUUCAAGGCAAUCACGAGCCAUUUCGACCCGACAGUUGACAUGUCACCGAGGCUCUGGAUCAGCAUGGAGGUUUUAGGAAAAUCGGACCCUCCACAUGCCCAGAUGUAUACGGUUGGACCGACUACGUACUUCAAGCAUUUCAGCCCCAUGAUUGGCCGUCUCACGGGUAUCAAGGUCAACAAGGAUGAGAACGAUGAUGCCCGUUCUGACACGGGCAAUGACAACCAAGACAAUAAAAAUACUCAAAAAUACGAUUUCCAAUCCAAUGAGAUGCAGUUGUCCGGCCCCGUGCCUCCUGAACUAUACCAUCGCUAUGUCGAAUUCCGGCCCAUGAUUGGUCUAAUGUUCGCCAAGAGCGGUUUGAGGGGCAAGAUCCUCAACAAGGCACUGCAUAAGCAACAUAGUCGAGUGUACAAUUUCGACAGUUCGACUGAAUAUGGAGUGUUUAAACCGCGGUCCGAGGAGGCAUCGCUCCAGUUCCUUAAGAUGGUACACUUUGAUGAAGGCGGCCGCAUCUUCACAUACGUACUUACUCUCGACGGCAUGUUCCGCUUCACAGAGACUGGAAAGGAGUUCAGCAUCGACAUGUUGAGUAAACAUACCAUGCACAGUGACGUAGAGACAUACAUUGCCUGCUCUGGCGAGUUCUUCGUCCGCCGGCUAGAGAAACCAGAUGCUUCGGACGACCCUGAGCCAAAGGAAAAGACACACCCCGCAGAUGAGUUACCCGACGGCCCCCCCCACGGACAUCCCCCUCACAACCCUGCACACUACCAGCUCUUCAUCGACAACGAUUCUGGAACAUAUCGGCCCGACAAGUCGAUUCUUCCCAAGCUUAAAGAGUUCCUCGAGGCCAACUUCCCGGGAAUGGGCAUCGUCACCAUGCACUGCGAGGACGAGGAGUUGCAGAAGCUCAAGAAGGAACAGGUGCAGACGAAGAAGAAGGAGGGCAGAAUGGUGAACAUGGUUCUAGCCCGAAGCCCCAGCUCCAGCUCUAUGAGCUCGACCGAGAGUGCGCUGCAGCACAUGGAGGAGGCAGGCGACGACGGGCCGCCGGUGAAGAGCACUACGCAGAAGGCGCUGGAUGCGCUGGAAGACCCAAAGAGCCUGAAGAAGAUUUUGAGGCCUGGACACAAGGAGGGCGAGAGUUCGAAGGCAGCUACGACUGCCGCAAGCUGA